AUGCCAAUUAGAUAUGUAGAUGUACUAACAGUGGAGUAAGCAUUAAUUAAAGCUGGAAAUGGACACAAAUUCUAAAUCAGAGCCAUCGUUAUAAUGAGCUUGUAGUAUAUGGUUGCAGGAAUGUUUCAUAUUGCUAUAACGGAAUUGUAUUUCCAUCAAACUUAAUAUAAAUGUAUUGACUAACAAUAUAACAUAUAUUAAUGUAAUGAAGUGGAGUUUUGCAAAUAAUAUUAUAGAGAUGAUAUAGACAAAGAGAAAAUUACAUUUGCAUCUCAAUUAGGAGAUAUAAUAUAAUUCUUUUAAUUAGUUUGUGAUGACAAAAUUAUUAUAUUAAUACUUAUUACUUCUUAUUAUUUAGGUGGAUGUAUAGGAUCUUUGUAUUAUGGAGAGUAGAUGGAAAUUCGAUAAGGGAGAUAGUAAUUUAUUGAUAAUUAUAUUAGAUCAAUUAUGAUUGAAACAUUGGCUUUAUUGGGAUUUACUUGUUGUUUAACAAUCUUAAUACCAAAUGCAUAUUUAUUAAGUGUAGCAUUAUUUUUUGCUAAUUUCUUUUUAAGAGGAUUCUUGAAUUCUUCUAUGAUUUUAUUUUUUGAAAUAUCAUCUGAAAAUCUAUAAAAAUUAAGUCCUUCAAUUUUAUUGACAGCUUAUGGAAUUGGAACUAUAAUAUCACCAGUGAUUAUUGAUUCAUUUUAAUUAAAUUGGUAAUAGAGUAUGUUAAUUUUAUUUGGUGGACCAGCUGUUAUGUUUUCAGUUCUUAUUAAGUUUAUGUAAGAAUCACCAAGAAUGCUUGUCAUUAAAAAGAAAUAUCAUUAAGCAAAAAUUGUUCUUCAAAUAAUAAGUUAAUGUAAUGGAAGGGAAAUGCCUAAAGAUUGGAUGUUAGAAGAUGAAGUAAGAGUAAAGGAACUUAAAGAUAAAAUGUAAGAAAUUACUUAAUAAUUUGGUGUAAAGGAAGUUGCUAAAGGAUACAAUUUUUCGUAAAUCUUAAAUAUUAUAAAUUUAGUUCAAUUUUUCGUUAUAAUUCAACCAGAGUUAGAAUGUUUUGUCUUCUUUAUUUGUAUUCAAUUAUUAUAAUUGGAUAAUUUUAAACUUCUAAAGAAAUAGAUGCAUUUUCUAGAUUAGAUAGAUAAAAGACUGAAUUAUUGUUAUCUACUGUAGCAACAGUAGGAUAUCUUAUAAGUGGUUAUGCAAGUUUGAAUUAUAAUAGAAAAGAUGUUUUGAAGAUUGUUUUAGGUGUAAGUGCUAUGUUCAAUUUUCUUUAUGCAGUUUUUCCAAUUUUUUAAUUAAGUACAAAUGCCAUAGCAUUAAUGUCUUUUUAUGAUAGAUUAAUGCAUACAAUAAUUAUGAUGAUAUUGAUUAUGAGUCGAUUAAUAUUAAGUUUUGGAUGUGCAUUUAUUAAUGUAAAAUAAUUAAUUUAAAUAUAGAUUUAUGCUUUAGAAGUAUUUCCUACAUCAUUAAGACAUUAUGGUUUUUCUGGAAUGGUAUUUUUGACUGAAUUUUUAUUCAUUUUUUAAGAAACUUAUGUUGUAUUUUGUCAUACAUUUGGAUUGAAUACAUCUAUUGGUAUGUUCUUUUUAUUGUUAUUUGGAAUUUUAACAUUAAAUAAAUUGAGAGAAACAUAUGAUUAACCAUUAAAAGAGAAUGUUGAAGAAUUGAAUGAUGAAUUACUUAACAAUGUAUAUGUAUUAUGA